AUGGCUUCCUCCCUCGUCGCGAUCCAAUCGCUUUCUGCCCUCUCCUUCAGCACAGCCGUCAAAGGGUCUUCGCUUUCUGCCCAUCGCCUAGCAGCCGCUUCCGCCAUUGCUCCCGGCAGACCAGGUGUCACCGCCCUCCUCGGCUUCAACAAAUCCGCCGUCCCCGCUAAAACCACUCCCGCUAAGAAGCAACUCCGCACAGAAGACGGCAUCUUCGGCACAUCCGGCGGCUUCGGGUUCACGAAAUCGAACGAACUCUUCGUCGGCCGCGUGGCGAUGCUCGGAUUUGCCGCGUCGCUCCUUGGCGAAGCCGUUACCGGGCAAGGAAUUCUCUCGCAACUUAAUCUGGAAACCGGAAUUCCUAUCACGGAAGCCGAGCCGCUCCUCCUCUUCUUCAUCGCAUUCACCGUGCUCGGCGCGAUCGGCGGGCUGGGCGACCGCGGGCGAUUUGUUGACGACGAGGCGCCUGCGGGUCCGCCGGUGAAGCCCGGCAGUUUCAAGGCCGCGCUUGGACUGAGCGAGGACGGGCCACUGUUCGGGUUUACCAAGGCGAACGAGCUUUUCGUGGGGCGCAUGGCGCAAUUAGGGUUUGCCGCGAGCUUGGUUGGCGAGGUGGUCACUGGGAGAGGUGCGUUGGCGCAGCUGAAUAUCGAGACUGGGUUGCCGAUUUUUGAGUUGGAGCCGCUGCUGCUGGCGAGUAUCGUGUUCUUCUUCGUCGCGGCUAUCAACCCUGUGCUCCCACCUCUCACACGCCUCUCCACCCAUCAGGCCAUCAUGCGGAGAGCCACGAGUGUAUCACGAGACCACCUGGCGUCACUGGGAACGUGCAUCGGCAAGUUCACCAAGUCGGGCAGCUUCCGCCUCACAGUCACGGCGCUCGACCUGCUUGCAGCAUACGCCAAGUGCAAGGUGUGGGUGAAGCCAGCAGCGGAGAUGUCAUUCCUCUACGGCAAUCACGUGCUCAAGAGCGGGCUCGGGAGAAUCACCGAGAGCACGCAGCAGAACCAGGGCGUGGUGGUGCUAUCGAUGUCAGACGUUCCGCUGGGCUUUGGCGUGGCGGCCAAGUCGACUCAGGAGUGCCGGAAACUCGACCCCAACGCCAUUGUUGUGUUCCACCAGGCCGACACAGCCAAGUCCACACAGGAGUGCCGGAAACUCGACCCCAACGCCAUUGUUGUGUUCCACCAGGCCGACACAGCCAAGUCCACACAGGAGUGCCGGAAACUCGACCCCAACGCCAUUGUUGUGUUCCACCAGGCCGACACAGCCAAGUCCACACAGGAGUGCCGGAAACUCGACCCCAACGCCAUUGUUGUGUUCCACCAGGCCGACACAGCCAAGUCCACACAGGAGUGCCGGAAACUCGACCCCAACGCCAUCGUUGUCUUCCACGAGGCCGACACAGGUGGGGCUCGUAGAUACAGCCAAGUCCACACGUGA